AUCGUUUUAACUUUUUUACUCGACAAAUAAUUUCUCUUCACGCGAACAAAACGCGAUCUUGUUCCUUUCUCCUUUCUCAUACAGUCGUCGUCUACAGUACACGGUUCCCAUACCAAGUCCUCCACCUAAAUCCACCAUUUUUCUCCACUCACAAUUCACAACCCAAAGCUUUGAUCUUGACAAAUGGGGAUUUCAUGGAGCACCAACAGAAGAAGGAACAACUAUUACCAAAACCCACCACCACCUCCGCCGCCACCGCCGCCACGUCAACCCCAUUACAUCUCAAGUUCUCAUCCUUAUUACUCAUCGGAGCAUGCCUCUCUUUCUCCACCUCCACCGCCACCACCUCCUCCUCCUCCACCGCCACCUGGCCCUUUGGUUUCAACUUCUUCUUCUUCCUCCUCCUUUUCAUUUUCUUCUAAUAACAACUACCCAUAUGCCAAUUCCGCCACACCUUACGCCCCACAAGGACCGCAACCCAGAGCUCCGUACCCCACACACUCUCUCCCUCUCCCACCUCCUCCUCCUUCUCCGCCGCAAACCCAUUACUGCUACGGCCACUACAACUCCUGCAACCAUGGCAAUUCCAUGAUGGGGCGCUUCAGUUACAAUUACAAUUACAAUUACCAGCAGCCUUAUAAUUAUGGUGCUACUCAGAGUAAUGGGUGGCCCGCAAUUCGGCCUCCUCCGCCGCCUGCGCCGCCUUACGUUGAGCAUCAGAACGCCAAGAAGGUGAAGAACGAUGUCAACGUGCAUAAGGACACGUUGAGGCUUGAGAUUGAUGACCUGAACCCUGAUCAGCAUUUGGUGUCUUUCGUUUUCGAUGCCAUGUAUGAUGGGAGCAUUACGGUCUUCUACUUUGCUAAGGAAGAGCCAGACUGUAGGUUUGUUCCACUAUUUCCUGAAGCAUUUAUGCCAGUGAGAGUCCCCUUUCAGAAGGGUCUUGGCCAAAAAUUUCGCCAGCCCUCAGGAACAGGAAUUGAUUUAGGCUUCUUUGAGUUGGAUGAUCUUUCAAAACCAUCACCAGGAGAAGAUGUAUUUCCGCUUGUAAUAUCUGCUGAAACAUGUCUGCCACCUGAUUCAACAGAUGAGCAUAUUGUUGGGCCUACCCCAGAUACAUCGCCUCGUAUGCAGAUUACUCAAGCUGUGCUGGAAAAGAACAAUGGUGAUCAUUUCCAAGUGAAAGUAAUUAGGCAGAUACUGUGGAUUGAUGUUCGGUAUGAGCUACGUGAGAUAUAUGGAAUAGGAAGCUCGACAGUGGAAAGCUUUGAUGACACUGAACCAGGGAAGGAAUGCGUGAUAUGCAUGACUGAACCUAAGGACACUGCUGUGUUACCUUGUCGACAUAUGUGUAUGUGCAGUGACUGUGCAAAGAAUUGCGGGUUCAAUCCAAUAAAUGCCCCAUCUGCCGUCAACCCAUUGAGGAACUUAUAGAGAUCAAGAUAAAUAAAAGUGAGCAAUGAAGAUACUUGUUUCUCCAUACUAUGUGGAUUGUGGUAUGGCUAUCGAAUUCUUUUAUUUGUGUGUUUUCACCUGUUGUAUAAAGGGGCAUUUUUGUUUUGUUUUGUAUAUUGUAAUUGCUGUGUUGCUUUCUAAUAUUCAUGUGAUUAUCUUA